AUGGCGGAUCGCGAGUUUCAGGCUUAUCCCAGUUCUACUCAAAGGGUUUUAGAGGAGUUUUGCGACAACUACGACUUUAGCGAGCUAACAGACGUCGAAGACCUAUCAGACGACGAUGAUGGAAGAUCAAUUGAAGUUUCUGCACCUCCGAGAAUCGAUAUCUUACUUGGAAUUGAAGAGGACCAAGACCUUCUUGAAGAAGCUGUUGACGAACCUGAUGAAGUCAUCGUGGAACAACCUCAUGUUGACGAAGCUGAUGGUUUGACACCAACCGAGGUAACACCAACCAAUGAAGGUAACACACCUCUGUGUUUUCAACCGACUCAAUCUGUAGGGCCAGUCCCUGGGCCUUCUGGUGAAAAUUUGAAUAAAUCUAAAAGAUGCCCAGCACCAUCUAGAGUUUCCAGUCGGAAACGGGCUAAGGUAGGCCUACCCACUAAGACAAAAAAACCAAGAGCAGAGCGUCGUAAGUCAAUUCGACCAAACCCACGUGAACAAACGUUGAGGGCAAUGGAACCGUUGCCAACUAAUGGUAAAUGGGAGGUAAGCAACAACUUUUACCCUUUGCCACCUGCACCUUAUUUUGGAGGCCAUAAUCCUGAAUAUAACAUGUCGUCGCCAUUAGAUCUUUUUCAAAAGUACAUACCUGAUGAUAUACUAUGUCAAAUUGCUACAGCAACUAAUGAAAAUAUAAUUUCUUCCACUGGUAAAGAAAUACAAAUCACAACUACAGACAUGAAGAAGUUCUUUGGUAUCACAAUAAUGAUGUCGUACUUGAAAUAUCCCAGGAUAAAGAUGUACUGGGCCUCUCGAACAAGGAUUCCGCAAAUUAGUGAUGCCAUGCCGAGAAAUAAGUACUUUCUUAUAAGAAAUCACAUAAGGUGUCGUGAUUACACUAACGUAAGCGAUGAAGAAAAGGCAAGAAACAAGUAUUGGAAAGUGUCUCCAGUAAUUGACAGUGUCAGAGCUAGCUGUUUGUUGAACCCUCGACCCAACGAGGUAUCGAUGGAUGAGCAAAUGGUGCCUUUCUGGGGUCACACACAAAUGAGGCAGCACAUAAAAGGAAAACCUAACCCCUGUGGCCUAAAAAACUUGGUUGUAUGUGCUCCAGACGGGCUGCCACUGGAUUUUUUCCUAUACGAGGGCAAAGGAGAUAGUAUUUUGCACGAAACUGAACUGAACUAUCCUGGUUUAGAUAUAGGGGGUAAAAUUAUUGUAAGGCUGUCAAAGAAUCUUCCGCAAGGUACUUCAAUUUUUAUGGACAGGUAUUUUACCUCUAUACAACUACUUGAUGAACUUCACAUCAGGGGUUUUCAAGGUACUGGCACACUUAUAAAUGACAGAAUGCCAGAAAACAGAGAAAUGUACUCUGACGCUGAGGUGAGGGGAGGUGGUCGAGGCUAUAUGUGCCAAAUAGUUCGAGAUGAUGGACAAAUAGCCAUCGUCAAAUGGUUCGACAACAAACCGGUGCUAUUGACAUCGAGCAUACAUGGCUGCGAGCCAAAAGAUGUUUGUCGACGGUGGUGCAAGAAGGAAAAAAGGUAUGUACAAGUCGAAAGACCUUACAUAAUAAAGAAAUACAAUGAAUGCAUGGGUGGCGUCGACCUUCUAGAUAGGAUGAUAUCCUAUUAUAGAAUUGCUGCUAGGACGAAAAAAUGGACCACUAGGCUAAUUAGCCAUCUGAUUGAUUUCUCUCUGGCAGCUGGGUGGAUUGAGAGAAGAAGAGCCGAUCAACAAGCUGGAACUCCUCGAAGAGACAGGUUUGAUUUUUUCGACUUUCGUUUUGAUGUGGCUCAACACCUGCUGGCGUCAGAAACUGAAGAACCAGUGGACGAUGAGGAGAUUGAGGAUGAUCCACAGCCUCUAACCUCUUCCUCGGGAAGGAAAACUCCUUUGCCAACAGAUGCUGUCCGGAAGAGCAAGGUUCAGCAUCUACCGGAAAUUCCUCCAGAUGUGAAGCCUUCUAGAUGUCGGUUCCCAGGAUGUGACAGUCCUAAAUGUCGCAUUAAAUGCAGCACCUGCAAUGUUUUCUUAUGUCUAAAUUCUAAUAGGAACUGUUUUAAACUGUUUCAUGAGUUAUAAUGACCAGGUUCCUAAGUUAAAGAUUUACGUGUGUAAAAAAAUGAGUUUGGUCGAGUUCCGAUGUAACCAAUAGGUUACAUGCUGUUUUGUACAUUUCUAAUAAAAAAAAAAUUCCAAAAAAAUUUUUUCUUGUUUACUUUAUUUAUUUCCUUUAAAUAUACACAAAAAUUACAAAAAUAAAAUUCUCAGUUUUCCUAU